AUGACGUCACUUUGGCACCAGUCUCUCCCAAAUUAAAGGUCAGACUCGAACUUCGAUGCGGAAGAUGGCGGAAGCAGGCUGCUGUCUACUUGUUAUGAUAUUUAUCUAUUCUCUAAACCAGGUGUGUAUCUAUGGCUCUUUUUCCAUCGACAUAUGUUUUCAGCAUCAAAUUAGCAGCAAAAGAAACUUUACAAUUCUGCUUUUAUUUAUCAGGGAAACGGGCAAGAUGCAGGUAACCUAGGAGUUCUACAUGUCGAAGGCUCGAAAGCUUCAGAGGAUUUUUGCAUUGCUUAUAAUUCUCGGACCCGGCUGCCAUCAGACCUUGAUAAGACUGUAAGUACCAGUAUUUUUCGUAGUUUUUCUUCAAAGACCAGAUGAAUGGUACUUUGAACAAGAAGCUUACGAUAUUGCCCGUGGAUAAAUAUUUUCAUUUUGGUUUGCAGUUGCUCGGUAACGUUCAGGGUCAUACCCAUUUUUGUUUCUCUUUUGGAUGUAUGAACGACAGUUAUAAUUGUUUUUUAUGUCUUACAAAAUAGGGCUGUUAAUAUUCCGUAUUCAAGGAUCGCUUGUAUAAGAUUUCUAAGAAUCUACAGGCUGUUGACAUCAUUCACAUGUAUGUAUCAGUGUAUUCCAAAACACAUGAGUACAUCAACACUUUAAUGCGCCUAGGAAGGCAAAUUGGUAUCAUGAUUAUUGGGUUAUGGAUUAUUUUAAAUUUUCACAUUGAAAAUUUCAACAAGGACAAAUUACUCUUAUGCUACAGUUAAAUUCCUGUCAGCCAGUCUAGUAGAAAAACCUCUGUUAUUGAUUCAACCUGAUAAGAACAAGUUGAAGACUUCUAAUUUAAGUACAAGGCAGAAUUUCUUGGCUGUUGAAAUACCUGCCACCAGUUGUUAAAAGUUGAAUAGUUCUAUCAGUGAUUGAUAACUGGGAACGAAUAUUAUUUUUGCAUUUUUGCACUUGAUAAAGAUAUACUUGACAGAUAACCAAACCCAUGUUUUGUUGGCAGCCAUUCAGCAAAUAGAAUGAUCACUGCACUAACUGCAGAAAUCAUUCAUAAAUGGCUGGUAAUCUGAAACCUUAAGUAUGUAAAUUGUAGAAGAUUUUUCUUUUUUUUUCGCUUUUGCUAUGGAAAGUAAUUCAGCCAUUCAAUGAAUAAAACCCUCAGUGUGACAAUAUUAAUUGAAAGAUAAACACCAAAUAAGUUGAACAGGAAGUAGGCAAAUUUUUUUUAAGAUACUUGCUCUUCCAGUUGCAAACAUUGUUAUCACCAUAGUAAUGAGUAGUAAACAUAUUAUUAUGCCUGUUUGCUGGCCUUUGAUAAAAUUUUUUUGGGAAAGAAAAAAAAAAAGGCACAGACAGCAGUUCAAUAUUUUGGGAACAUUUCCUGCCUAUGAUUACAACAUUAGCUAUGAUUGAAAGUUCUGUACGACAAUAUUAAGUCAAGUAUUCAUAUAUCAUUCAAUAAAAAUAGAAUUAAAUUGAUUGUGAGAAGUUUUGUAUCCUUUUAUUUCACUGUAGCCUAACUAUCAUUUGGUCAAGGCAAUGGUAAAAUACAGCUUCACCAGUUUCAAACACCAUCUACCGGCUGAAUGCUUUAAAUACUAACAAUAAUUUCCUUCCACGACGUAGUGAUUGGUAGCAUGGCACAGUGGUCUAUGAGUCAAUGUUCUGUGCAGAUGGUCCAUGCUGGACUCUCAGCAGACCUUUUUUAUUUUUGCAUACUGUUUUUUCUGUCUUUUUUUUUCUAAUUUCUUUCCUUUUGGCUUGUUUCUCUUUAUUCUUACCUCUGGCUCUUUACAGCUUUACGACGUUUUGUGAUAAAAAUGAAUGUCUAGUUUUAUUGUGUAUUCUUGUAGCCUAAGUAUCCUUUGGUGGAGGCAAAAUCACCUCUUUGUAAAAGCUCAUCAAGUCCAUCAGAUUACAUGAAAGAUGCAGCUGUUGCUAUACACAGAGGAGAAUGUACACUGUUUGCAAAGGGAGAAAUAGCACAAGGUCACGGGGCAAAAGAAGUCAUCAUUAUAAGUAAUGAUACUUUGGUAAGCUCUCAGUAGUCUAUAUUAAUGCAGAUGAAGAGAUCUGUACAGUGAAAAAAAUAUUGUUCAUGAAUGUAGUGAAUGUCUGGCAAGUUGAGGAUAUAAAAAUUAUUCCUAUCAGGUGUUUGGGCCAGAGGCAUGGUUUUCACUAAGAAUCCUAAUAGCAAGAGAAAGGUUUAAUGUUGUAAACAGGAGAAUAUUCCAUGUCUGGAUAAAAAAUAAUAAUAGGCUAACUGAACAUUUGCCAGAGAAUUUUGCAUAGUUUAAGGAGAGUUCUCAGGUCUCUGAUGCCUAAUGAACACCCUGGGGAGGACAUAGGUGCUAAAUCUUUCAGGAGCUCAAUCAAUGCUUAUGACAUGACAAGAAUACAUCUUGUUUGACAAUCAUGCUGUUUAUAAAAUUUACUUCUGAAGGAGUAAAACCUAAACAGAAUAUUGUUUUUAAUUAGUAGUACAACUGUAGCUUUUUAAUGACCCUCAGUAAAUGCUGCCUUGUAGAAGCUAAUUUGCACAAGGUUCAUAUAGAGUCUUGAAUUCUGAAAAAGUCUGGAAAAAGUAAAAUGGUAAAAAGCCUAGAACUUUUUAAAGCUUCAUGUACAACAAGUGCUUAGUAAGUGAAUUUUCCUGUGGUCAAAUUCAAUUCACUCUCGCCCAUCGCCAAGACUUUCAAUCACAGAACAAGAAGUUUCAGAACUCUCUUAUGACCGCAUUGGACCGUGGUUACUGUACCUUUUCCAGUGCAUCAUGAAAAAAGCUUGGUUCUGCAUUUUUUAAAGUCUCUGUUGAACACCUAUUUGGUAACUUGAGUCUGGAGAAGUAAAGUAUUGUAAAGUGUGGAAAAGUCUUGUAUUUUGGAUCCAAAAAUUUGUACUAACCCUGUUUACAGUUAUGCGUACCAUGUUCAUUAUUAUUGAUGGGUUUUUUGGAGCUUGUUUAUUUUGGUAACUGCUUGCAUUGUACUAUAAGGAGUGCAAUUUUACUGACAUACACAAUGUAACUAUAAAAGGUUUAACUUCACUUGAAAUUUGUUUUUACAGACCUGUAUAUACACUGUUUUAAAAACCAUUAAUUUUGUUCUAGAUAUUUUUUUUUAAACAAAUUUGUGACUUAAAAUCCGGAACUUUUUGAUUUCUUUUUUAGUUUACCCCUGAUUGGAAUUCAUCAGAAGUACUAACCAUUCCAAUGGCUGUUAUAAGUAAAAAUGACUGGACUAAACUUAUUCAUAAGGUGAGCUCCAUGCAUGUAUCUUUUGAAGGACUCCACUUUCUAAUCAAGUGACAGUAUACAUAAAGUCAUAUAAUUAUCUAUCAAACAUUACUUUAAAAACACUCUUGCUAUUCAUCUCGCAUAAUGAAGGGAAUAAGGAUUCCCAAAAUGAUCUUUGCAGUCAUGCGGUCCUAUAUUUAUACAGUCAUUUAGAUAUCAGGCCUGAGUUUCUCAAAAAAAUGAUGGUUACCUUAAACUGAAGAUUAAGCCUCAUUUUAAACAAAGUGUUCUUGGCCCAGUUCCUCAAAAGAUGGUUAAGUUUAACCCAGGAUUAAGCCAAAUUUCAAGCACAGUUUUCUCGUCUAAGAACAUGCAACUCAACAAUGCAUAGGAAUGUAAAAUACAAAAAACAGAACAAAAUUUCAAUCCUGGAUUAAUGCAAAUCGGCCUUUCAGGAACUGGGCCCUGGUCUUUUCAGAUGUGAGUCAUGGUGAUCAAAGAUUACCUGCGUUUUACUCAGACACCAGGAGUUACAUGUACUUUAACCCAGUAUUUUAAAAUGGGUUAUGAUUUUACAGUGGGUUAAAAUAAAUUGUAGGGCUAAUGAUUCUUUGAGGAACUGGACCAUGGACAUCACUGGGAUUUAAACUUUCUUUAUACCUGCAGGUUUCUUUUCAUGCAUUUUUUCUAUUUUGCAAAGGUCGUUUCAUUAAUAUUUAAAAUGCGCAGUUUGUACACCAUGAUUUAUAAUAAAUUAUACGUUGUAUCAGUAUUUUACAGUGUAAUUUUUUAAACUUAUUUUGUAUACAUGUAUGUGCAUUGUAUUCAAAAGAAAAUUGCUUUGGAGCAAAACCAUAAUGUUUUAGAGUUUUGUCUCUAUGGAAAUGCAGCUACAACCAGUUGCAAAAAUGUGGAGACACUCGGAUGAAAAACCGACCUUUCUUACUUCAAGUUGCUGCUAGUCACAUAUCUGUGAGAUAUAAUACUCACCUCCAUUCAAAGUUGUUCCUCCAAGUUUUGAGCAUGGUCCUGUAUUGCUAACUUUCUCUGAUAUUGGAAAGUUGAGGAUCACAAGCACAAGAUCAUAAGCCAAAAUAAGGUACAGUGUCUCAAGUAUUUUUACAACUGUUGUACAGCUGUAGCUGCAAUGAUCAUUGAAAAGUCAUUGAUUAGUGAUGGCUGAUAUGCAAUGCAAUUAUAGUCUAGAGUCAUAUCUUUUGUAAGUCCUGGAGAUGACUCCCCAUAAUUAUGUACAUGUAUAGCAUCCUGUCUACAACUGUUAAAAAGGAUUACUUUGACAGGGUUGUCAUUAAUUAUGAUCGUGACCCCAAUUUUUUACUUGGAUCUGUUGUGCAGGAUUUUGGUGUAUCAAGAUUAGUACAGCUGUAUGCUCCACCAACUGCUAACAUUGAUGGUAAUUUAGCGAUUUUGUGGAUUCUGGCUGUGGGCACUGUGGCUUUUGGAGCCUACUGGGCAGGAAUUACUAACAGUAAACUGCUGUAAGUUACAGUUCAUCUCAGUCUGUUAUUUUGGAUUACACCCUGGUAAAAUGCCACGGAUUUAAUUCUGUAUCAAGUAACUUGUUGUAUCCGUUUGUUGUAUAGAUUGUAUUGUAUAUUGAUUUUGAGAAUUUUUUGUCAGGCAAGGUAAAGUUCAAUUUUAUCCUUUUUGCUCAACUUCCGUGCAGUGUUUUGCUGCACAAAAUAUUCCUUCUCCCCCCGCAGAGGGUGUUUUGGUUUGAGAUCCCCCUGGCCUGUUU